AUAUCUGUGCGCUGCGCAUGUCAACGUCGUCCAGUAGGUUGCUGGGGUGAGCUGAGACCAGCGCUCAGCACAGGACCCUCUUCACAGGAACCUCUUCACAGGAACCUCUUCACUGGAACCUCUUCACAGGAACCUCUUCACAGGAGCCUCUUCACAGGAACCUCUUCACAGGAACCUCUUCACAAGAGCCUCUUCACAGGAACCUCUUCACAGGAGCCUCUUCACAGGAGCCUCUUCACAGGAGCCUCUUCACAGGAACCUCUUCACAGGAACCUCUUCACAGGAGCCUCUUCACAGGAACCUCUUCACAGGAACCUCUUCACAGGAGCCUCUUCACAGGAACCUCUUCACAGGAACCUCUUCACAAGAGCCUCUUCACAGGAACCUCUUCACAGGAGCCUCUUCACAGGAACCUCUUCACAGGAACCUCUUCACAGGAGCCUCUUCACAGGAGCCUCUUCACAGGAACCUCUUCACAGGAACCUCUUCACAGGAACCUCUUCACAGGAACCUCUUCACAGGAACCUCUUCACAGGAGCCUCUUCACAGGAACCUCUUCACAGGAACGUCUUCACAAGAGCCUCUUCACAGGAGCCUCUUCACAGGAACGUCUUCACAGGAACCUCUUCACAGGAGCCUCUUCACAGGAACCUCUUCACAGGAACCUCUUCACAGGAACCUCUUCACAGGAGCCUCUUCACUGGAACCUCUUCACAGGAACCUCUUCACAGGAACGUCUUCACAAGAGCCUCUUCACAGGAACCUCUUCACAGGAACGUCUUCACAGGAACCUCUUCACAGGAACCUCUUCACAAGAGCCUCUUCACAGGAACCUCUUCACAGGAACCUCUUCACAGGAACCUCUUCACAAGAGCCUCUUCACAGGAGCCUCUUCACAGGAACCUCUUCACAGGAACCUCUUCACAGGAACCUCUUCACAGGAGCCUCUUCACAGGAACCUCUUCACAGGAACCUCUUCACAGGAGCCUCUUCACAGGAGCCUCUUUACAGGAACCUCUUCACAGGAACCUCUUCACAGGAGCCUCUUCACAGGAGCCUCUUCACAGGAACCUCUUCACAGGAACCUCUUCACAAGAGCCUCUUCACAGGAGCCUCUUCACAGGAACCUCUUCACAGGAACCUCUUCACAGGAGCCUCUUCACAGGAGCCUCUUUACAGGAACCUCUUUACAGGAGCCUCUUUACAGGAACCUCUUUACAGGAGCCUCUUCACAGGAGCCUCUUCACAGGAACCUCUUCACAGGAACCUCUUUACAGGAACCUCUUCACAGGACCCUCUUCACAGGAACCUCUUCACAGGAACGUCUUCACAGGAACCUCUUCACAGGAACCUCUUCACAGGAACCACUUCACAGGAACCUCUUCACAGGACCCUCUUCAUAGGACCCUCUUCACCUGGACCUGCCACAGUAGUCCACGUCCUCGUCGCUACGCCAUGAUGGUGUCGGGCGGUGUACGGGUGGUGGUGGCGGCGGCGGUGCUCCAGGCCGCCGCAUCUCAGGUGGCCUUUAUUGGCUCAUGUCCCGCACAGAACGUCGUCCAGAACUUUGACGUCACCAGUUACCUUGGCAAGUGGUAUGAGCUCGAGAAGUACUUCGCCAUUUUCGAGCUUGGUGGCCGUUGCAUCACUGCAACUUACUCUGAUAAAGGCAACAACAAGAUCCGGGUGCUCAACGAACAGAUAAGUGUGUUUGGCAACAUUCCCAACAAUAUUGUGGGCACGGCGCAGUUUGUGAACCUCCAGAGCGGUGAGGCCAAGCUGUCUGUGUCUUUCGACAACUUCUUGUGGGCCGGCAUGGGUCCUGUAGGAGGUGCGGGCAAUUACUGGGUGUUGGAGACCGACUACCAGAACUACUCCGUCGUGUGGUCCUGUCAAGAUUUGGUCGCAGUGAAUAAACAGAUCCUGUGGAUACUGUGGAGGACGCCCAAGCCAGACCCCCAGCUGCUGUAUUAUGUGAAGAACCUCAUCCGGGCGCGCGGCCUCUCUCUCUCCAAGCUGGAGCCAACUGAUCAGACCAACUGCCCCUAAAGUGUCACAACAUAAUAAACUGCAGGAAGCCAAUAGACCAUG